AUGUCUGUAUUCUCCAGCUUGAUGGCCUCUUGCAGGAUGAAGAAGUCAUAUUCUUUGUCUCUCAAGGGUGGCCUGGCGCCUUUACCGAGUGCAACCACUCUCGUGCCAGCAACGACGAGGGCGUUUGCUUGGGCUGCGCCCCCAGAGCAUGCGCUGGACAAUACGCCAGAGUCCAUUCUGCGGGCUUUUGCUUCAAUUCCGAUGGACCAAGUGCUCGAUCAUUUGCAGGUCGAGAAACAAGGUCUGUCAGGGGAUGAGGCAGCGGCUCGUCUCCGUGUCAAGGGACCGAACACGCUUCGUUCCCAAAAGCCCCCGUCUUGGUUUAUUCUUCUCCUGAAGGUUAUCCCGAACCCUUUCAAUGUCUUGCUGAUUUUCCUGGCCAUUAUCAACAUCUCAAUCCCUCCCCCAGACUGGACUGGUUUCACCGUCCUGAUGGUCAUGGUCUCCAUUUCUGUGUUUGUGCGAUUUUGGCAAGAAUAUCAAAGCGGACUUGCCGUUUUCCGUCUUCAAAUGUCCAUCAAGUCGGUCAUUCGCGUGCGCCGUCGCGAGGCCGAGGCUGCUAUACCAAUUUCCGAGCUGGUCCCUGGCGAUGUCGUGCUGCUGGCUCCAGGCGAUGUCGUGCCCGCCGACUGCCUGGUACUUGAGGCUUCUUUUCUUCGAGUCAGUCAGUCGCAGUGGACGGGAGAAAGCGUCCCCGUUUCAAAGCUUGCUUCGAUUGGCGACGACAAAAGCGACGGCUCUCUCUUUGAUCUGUCCAGCAUUUGCUUAAUGGGUACCGGUGUCGUUUCUGGAACAGCAACGGUUGUCAUUCUUCGAACGGGCCGUGAUGCACUCAUUUCCGCCAUGUCUAAGGCCCUCCAGAAGAGCCGCGGUCUCAAUGCUUUCCAGCGGGGCAUCCAGAAUGUGACUUGGAUGCUCAUCGGCUUCAUGAGCGUCAUGGUUCCCAUUGUUCUGGUUGUAUCGGCCAAAAGUACCGGCGACUGGGGUCAAGCUGCCUUGUUUAGCAUCAGUGUUGCGGUUGGUCUGGUACCUGAGAUGCUACCAGCCAUUGUCAACGCCAACCUCGCCCGUGGGGCGUACUUGCUUUCCAAGAAGAAGGCCAUUGUUCGCCGGCUAGACUCAGUGCAGAACCUCGGUGCAAUGACUGUUCUAUGCAGUGAUAAGACUGGAACUCUUACCAAAGAUGAGAUUACAAUGCGAAAGGCUCUUGAUUGCUCUGGCAACAUUGAUGUCGAGGUGCUGAAACUGGCUGUUAUCGAAGCUACCAUUCAAGGUGCCGGUGGAAACAACAUGGAUGCUGCGAUAUGCAACUUUCGACUGCCAAACGGCGAGCAGGUCCAAACCACAAAAUACGAAAAGUCUCUCGCUAUUCCUUUCGAUUUUGAACGUCGCCGCUCUGCUUGCGUUGUCCGUGGCGUCGCUGGUGGUGCCAUGCUCAUCUGCAAAGGCGCUUUCGAGGAAGUUUACUCGCGAUGCUCCAGGAUGCACACAGAAAAAGGCGGGAGCGCCAUGGCUGGCCAUCACCGUGCAAUCCUCAAGCAACAAGUCAAGACGUUGAACAACCAAGGCUACCGAGUCUUGGCAGUUGCUACGAAGCAGCUUACCAAGACGCAGAUUGACGACGACGACAGUUUCGAGGAGAUUGAGACGAACAUGACUAUCCACGGACUUCUUACCUUUGUCGAUCCGCCCAAGCCAGACGCGGCCGAGUCCAUCCAACAGCUCAAGGCUCUCGGAGUGGACGUCAAGGUGCUCACUGGCGACAACAUGGCGGUCGCUCUGAAUGUGUGCCGAGCGCUCGGUCUUGUACGUCGUGAGGACUUGGACGACGAUGACGGACCUGUGGCCAUGACGGGACCAGAGCUGGCAAACUUGGUCGAUGAGCGAGAUUUCGACGAGGCUGUCAAAUGCUGCAAGGUCUUUGCCAAGGUGUCUCCCGUACAGAAAGAGAGCAUCGUAGCCAGCCUCAAGAAGUACGGACACGCUGUUGGCAUGCUCGGUGACGGCAUGAACGAUUGUCUAGCUCUGCGCAAGGCUGAUGUCGGUAUUUCUGUCGACUCGGCCGCCGGUGCCGCCAAGGACUGUGCGGAUUUCAUUCUCACAGAAAAAGGCCUGGCCAUCAUUGUUGACAGUGUCACCAUCGGCCGCGUCACCCACGCCAACUCAAUCAAAUACAUCAAGAUGGUCUUGUCUUCCAAUUUCGGCAACGUUUUCAGCAUCCUUGCCGCGAGUGCUUGGCUUCCAUUUACGCCCAUGACGAACCUGCAGAUCCUGGCGCAGAAUCUGCUGUACGACAUUAGCCAGAUCGCCAUUCCCUGGGACAAGGUUGACGCCGAGUUUUUAGAGAGUCCCAAGUCGUGGCAGCCAUGGGAUCUUCUGCGUUUCGUCAUUGUACUCGGUCCGACUAGCUCCGUCAUCGACAUAUGCACUUUCCUACUUGGAUGGUACUACUACGGAAUUCGCACAACGGAAGACCCGGUCGCCGUCAGCCAGUUUCAGACCCACUGGUUCCUUCAGGGUCUCCUGACGCAAACGUUGAUUGUGCACCUGUUGCGGACUGCCAAACUCCCAUUCGUACAGAGCCGGUCAUCUAUUCAUCUCGGCCUCUCUACAGCGGCCAUCAUGGCCAUCGGGUUUGUCCUGCCGUGGAUCCCGGCGUUCCACAACGCCUUGUCCUUUGUCAACCCGAACGGCUCUUUCAUUGGCUUCCUACUCGUCGAACUUGUUGCUUACUGUGUUGAAGUUCAGUUAGUCAAGAUGGCGUACAUCAAGUUGUUUAAGAGUUGGCUGUAG